UUUCAGUUCGUGUGCACGGGCCAAACAGUCGACACAGUUUUGUGACGUUCUCUCCUCGAAUCGAGAUCUAAGCCGAAGCAGUUGUUUGAAAGCAAGCGUCGCACUUUGCAGCCGUCAUCGUUGUUGUCGUGGUCGGAAUUGUUUUUGCGCUGCUUCUGCUACUAUUGUUGUUGUCGUCGUCGCAGUUGUCGUAGUCGGUUGUGUGUGUGUUUGUGUGGAAUCGCUCAAGCGGGAGUUGGCUGAUACAGAGGCUUCUCUUUGCUGCACGGCAGCCUCCAGCAUUACAUUCGCUUAAUCAACGACAAGGCUUCGACGCUUUUUGUACCGUUUUAAAUAUUAAAUAAGCUCGCUCGCUUAGAACGCGUGCCAGAAACUUUACAGCUCUACGCAGAUCUUCAAAAACAGCCGCAAAAUUUCCAAAACAUCGAAAAUGGUCUUUGAUUGCGGCGUCUGGUGUGCAAAGUAUUUGCUUUGCAUAUUAAAUUUCAUAUUUUUUGUGCUAGGCACAAUUAUAUUCGGCGUUGGACUAUGGCUGGCAGUGGACAAGCACUCGCUGAUUGCUCUGCUCAAGCUGGUCGAGAGCGAGCGCAUUGAGCACUUUACACAGCCUCAGGUCAUAGAGCAACUGGCCUACGCCCUGCUCGUCAUCGGAGCCGUCAUGUUCUUUAUGAGUCUCUUGGGCUACUUGGGCGCCAUGCGUGAAUCUCGCUGUCUGCUCUCCACGUACGGCACAUUCCUCAUCUUGCUGCUGGUCGCCGAGAUUGUUGCCGGCGGUUUGGCCGCCUUCUACAAGGAACAGGUGCGCAAUGAGAGCAAAAAAUUCUUGCAGACCACGAUUACCAGCUACACGGUGGGCGAGAAUCAGGAUGCCACCUCGUUGAUGUGGAACCAGCUGAUGGGCAACUUUGGUUGCUGCGGCAUCACUGAUUACAAUGAUUUUGACAACUCGCAGGCGUGGAAGAAUACAAAGGGCAAUCGCACCAUUCCCGAUGCCUGUUGCAUCUUGAAGGAUGUGGCCAAGUUGGUGCCACGCGACGAGGACUGCACGACCAAUCCCAGCGAAAGCAACAGCUUCUACAAGAAGGGCUGCUAUGAGGUGUUCACCGAGUGGUUGAUUCGACAGCGCGAACUCAUCAUUGGCGUCAUUGUGACUGGCAUUGUGCAUUUGGUUCUCGUCAUUCUUGCGUUUGCGUUGUGCAAAGCCUUUGCCAAAUAUGACGAUAUGCGUCUGUAAAUUGCUCGGUACAAGUUUUUCUAGAGGACAUGCUAAUUUAUAAUAGGCAAAACAAUGUUACAGUGAAGCUCCCCCAAAAAAAAAACAUAAACAAAAUAAGAACUUAACGAACUACCGAACCCUACCGAACAUUUGAGA